AUGACGUGGUCUGAAGCUCCUCGAAGAAGGCUCAGCGGGACAUAUCACCAUGGGGUUGGCGCAUAUCCCACUGUUGGAGUCCAAGCUUCCUUACCUCUCACUCCACCUCAAACUCCGGAAUCAACAGCCUGCCUAUCCCCUACACAAUCCCAACAGUCCAUCAUGAGCAGGUUCAACGACUUAGAUCACAUUGUGUCUACACCAAAUGUAUCGAUCCCAGAUCUGGACCUCAACUCCCUUCCUCAGGAGAUCCAGCUUGACUUACGCGCAGGAAAACAAGAACCUCUUGAAAACCAUACUCAGCAUAUCUGGAGAAAAGGAAUGACUGACUCCGCGAAAGAUGCAAGGGAAGCUUGGUUGUGUUCGGGCCGGGGUAGGAAGGGGUUGCGGAUUGUCAUCGUCACGGAGAACUUCUUACCCAAAGUGGAUGGUGUGACGCGAACACUCUCGAGAUUACUUGAGCAUCUCCAAUCUCAAGGACACGAGUGCAUAUUACUUGGACCUUCGUCCACACUAUCGACAUACGCUUCACAUCCUUUAGUCGGAACUCUCGGUAUUCCUUUAGUGGUCUAUCCAGACCUGAAGCUUAAUUUCCUUCGACCAAAAUUUCUCAGCGUGAUAAGGGAUUGGGAGCCUGAUGUCGUACAUUUUGUUGAUCCUAUUUGGUUAGGAGCACAAACAAUCUUAGCCAUGGAAUUAGGCUGGGCAGGUGAGAAAUGGUUAUCACAAGAAGGUCUACAAUUAGGUAAAGGUCUCGGUGGCGCCGUCAUUGCUUCUUAUCAUACAAACCUAGCGACCUACGCUACACUCUUCGGUCUGUCCUUCUUGACUCCGAUCAUAUGGAUGUUUCAGUCGUGCUUGUAUUCGAAGCUGCUUUUGACACUAUGCCCAUCGCCAUCAACCAAAUCAAUGCUGGAGUCCCAGUCCUUCUCGGGAGUCAGAUUAUGGCCUAGGGGUGUUGAUCUGACUCAAUUUGGGCCGCAUAAGAGGGAUAUUCAACUCAGGGCUUUAUGGGGCAUCAAGAGUUUCGCUGAAGAGGAGUUCACUUCUAAAAGGAAACCUAUCAUCACCAUGAACACAGACGGGAUUUUAACUCCUCCUGCGACACCUUGGACGGGACCCAUCGAUAGCCAAAUGUCUGAUUUAGGUAGCCUAGACGACGGGGCGGUGAUACUUUACGUCGGAAGGAUAUCCUGGGAAAAGAAUCUACACUUACUCCUAUCAGCCUAUGCUGAAUUAACUUCUCUCUUACCUAAUGGAGCCGUCUUACCUAAAUUGGUGUUCGUUGGAGAUGGACCAGCAAGAAAAGAACUUGAGUCACGUUGUGAAAACGAACAAUGGGAUGCAGCGUUUAUGGGUCACAGACAAGGUGAAGAAUUGGCAAAAUGUUAUGCUAGCGCGGAUAUCUUUGCCUUUCCAAGUUUCACAGAGACUUUCGGUCAAGUAGUCUUAGAAGCUUUAGCCUCAGGUCUUCCUGUGGUGGGGCUGGACGCAGAAGGAACCCGAGAUUUGGUUUCGGAUGGCUCAACUGGUUCACUGCUGUCUCUCCCUGUAUCUAAAGGAACAGGAACUGGCUCGAAGACAUUGGGACUAUCAUGGGCUCAAGUAUGUAAGCCAGAUUCAGCAGAAUUCAACUCGAUCGCCAAGGGAUAUGCAAGUCUUCUAUCUCAACUUGUAAUGGAUCCUAGAAAGCGCAAAGAGAUGGGUAAGAGAGGAUGUACAGAGGGGAUUGUAGGGUAUACUUGGUGGGAUGCAAUGGAGGCAUGUGUUGAUGGUUAUAGAGAAGCAAUCCAAUCAUCUCGCUCUAAACGUUCGGUUCAAAUUGUACCUCAUUCUCCUUCUGAUGCAGGAGACAAACCCGUUUUGAUUCCUAUUCCGAAGAAAAGGGGGCUAUCCCUUGUGAAUCAAGUAGUCAGCAGGAGACUAGCGUAUAAAGGAUUGGAUGGACAUUCGAUUGAAGAUGAGAGCAUGAAAGGAUUAUAG